GGAAAAUGUUUUAAGGCAGCACAAGGUUCAAAACACACUGCAGAAAUCAUCCACUGGUUCAAUGCUAAGGAAUUCUGUAGUUUAUUGUGGCACAAUAUCUUUCUGGCAGAGAAGGCUAAAUGUCUCACAAAACUACAGUUCCCAGAACUCUUAGCGUCACAGCAGUCUCAAACUGGAUUGUUUCUGCCCUGUGUUUUUGGACCUUCCUAUUGUUAGCAUUGGAAGUUAAGCUUAGAAGGCAGUUUAUAGGGAUGGAACUGACAGUGAAGGAUGUGAAUCUUCAUUGAAGGCAAUGGAGUCAUUGAAAUUGAAGAAGAGAAAUAAUAGAGUGUAUUUCAAGAAUGUGAAUUAAGUAGGCCUCAGGCCUUAGAAACCUGCAUCCUCAAGCUGUCGCUAGGCAACGGAACACCAGCCAGCCCAGGCUUUGAAAAGGAAACCCGCACAAGCCUGGCACAAGUUAAGGUGGAAAAACUGCAUUUUUAUUGCCAGACAGAUCCAGUUGAGAGUUUAAAACAGUUAUAACAGCCAUUCUGGAACUGCAGGGACCACAAAACUCCCAGAGUUUCCAAGGUUACGCCUUUCCGCCAUCAUCAUCAGACCCAUCCUUUCAGGAUUUCUUGUUUCUGGAUGCCGUAAACCCGUGGUGGUGACAUUUCCAACAGCCAUGCUAGGAGAGAACUCACAGAGCUGCCCUACUGAAGGAGUGAAGUUGACAAAAUCCCUCAUUGCCCGGAGGAACCAGACUGUGUCAAUGGAUCAAGAGAAACUAGAGAGUAUAUCCCAAGGCUUGACUUCUCUUCAGAUCCUCCGGCUUGAUAGGGAGCGAAUUAGCCACAUCACAAAUCUGGAAGGUUUAGAACAGAUCCACAGUAUCUACCUGCAACAGAACCAAAUACAGAAAAUUGAAAACCUAAGCUGCUUUCCUAAUCUGAAAUUUCUGUCAUUAGCUGGGAACCAAAUAAGCAAAGUGGAGAACCUUCUGUGUCUCCUGAAGCUGCAGUUUUUGGAUCUUUCACAGAACUGCAUCGAGACUCUGGACAUAGAUGAACUGCCCCAGAGCCUUGUGGUCCUUGAUCUGACAGGAAAUAAAUGCACAAAUCGGAAUGGCUACAGGGAGAGCGUGUUGGCAGCCCUGCCCCUUCUGAAAGAACUGGAUGCCAAGAGCAUCCCCAGCAGGAAGACACCUGUUAAGAAGGAAGAAGACGACAGUUCUGGAGACAGUGACUACGAGGAUUGUCCCGAGCUCUCUCAUCCUUUGAGUGCAGGAAAAGACUUCUUUGUAGAUUUCCAUGAAGAGUUCACCAGUCGCUCAAGAUGGAGAAGAGAGAAUGCAGUGAGAGAGCAUGAAGCACGUCUGGAAGAGCUAGAGCAGCAACAAAAGCUGAGACAAUUGAUCUUUAACACAAGCCAAAGUAGCCCUAAGGCACCGAGCAGAUCAGAACCACUAGCACCAGCCCAGGAGGAUAAUAUACUCCAAACUGAGUACCAAACAGCUUCUAACACACUCUUAAAAACAGCAAAUUCUUCAUUUUCUACAAGAGCAACAAAGGGGAAAUGUGAGGGCACAAGCCACACCCAGCUGAAAACACUUAAAGUGGCAAGUUCAGCUAAAACUACAAGCAAGAGGAAGAAAUAA